CUCCUUUGCACACGGUUCCAUAUAAACAGACUUUGACAGUUCUUGGAGUUUUGCAGCCAUGCCGUCCGUGCUUCUCUGUGUAUACUUUCUGAACUACUGUCUAUCUUCUGCAGCUGAAGUUCCAGUGUCAGUGAGGCCCGGAGAAGACGCCACUCUUCAGUGUCGUGGUGACGGAGCUGCUGCCGUCGUUCUGUUGGAGUGGAGCCGCCUCCAGCCGCGGUCAGAGGGUUACGUCUUCUUCUACCGUAACAACCGCUCCUAUGAAAACUACCUGCAUCCAUCUUAUCGCGGUCGAGUGGAGCUGAGGGACGAGUCCUCCAUGAAGGACGGAGAAGUGUCUGUGGUCCUGAAGAACGUCACCGCCCACGACGCCGGAACGUACGAGUGUCGAAUCACAACCGUCAAGAUGGAAGGCGACGAGAGGACGCACACCGAGUUCAGCCACCUGGUCGAGCUGACAGUUACAGAUGCAGGUAUCACAGAGGAGGGAGGAGGCAAGGAGGGAGAAGACAAGGAGGGAGGAGACAAGGAGGGAGGAGGCAAGGAGGGAGGAAAGCAGGGUGAAUAUGUUGUUGUUGUUGUUGUUGUUUGUGGUGUUCUUCUUCCUCUGUGUAUUAUUGUUGCAGGAUUUAUGUGCGUUAGAAGACAUAAAUACCAAUAUCGUGAUGGUCGGACGGACAAAUACUGACGUGUCUGUGAUCUUUUCACUCCUGAAUGAUUACGUGUUCUGCUGAAUGACGCUGUGUUAAAUCGGGGCUGUGCAGCAGAGGUGGGUGAACUGACCCCUGAAAACAAACGCCCCCAAAAAAGCUUAAAACAUUCCUGUCAAAGUUAGAAUAUAAAAGAAGCUUCGCCGAUCUGACUUUGUUGAUAAAGGAAAGUAAUAGUGUCUCGAUAGCUAGCUGCUGUACAGAAUCAGCUCCGCAGUAUAAAGCAGUAUCGUCUGCGUAAAGAUCGACUUUAAUGCACUUACUAGCACUUUAUGGUGAAAAGCAGGUGGGACAGGAAGUAGCUUCGGCAGGGUUUGAAGCACAGAUUGUGGGAGCUACAGUAGCAAGGCUAGCAGGCUUUCAACAAGCGGCACAUUCUACAACUUUAAGCACUUUAUACUCAUUUACCUCUACUGCUACCACUGCAGCCAAUCAGCUUCCUUUCCUUCUGUGCCGCUCGUUAUAUUAAAGGUACAAUAAUCUUUCCUGGUCAGUCCCACCUGCGUUCCCAGUCCUAGUGAACUACAGUCUUAAUUUUAAGAAGUUCCUUCAAGGCGCCACUGAGAAAUCCACAUGCUUAUUUCAACUUUCAAUUCAACUGAAUGUGAUGAAAACACAGAAUCAGGGUUACAUGAACAAGUAGUACUGAAUAACACUUUACUUUGAAGGGUUGAUUUUCCAUUUCCUUCUUCCUGAGUUAUUUAGUUAUAAGUCAGUGCAAUGAACGUAAUGUUAAUAAUAAUAUAUUUUUGUAGAAUAAUCAUAUGAAAUGAAAAAUAAUGUAACGAAUAAACUAUAAAAUCUCUAAACUGAAAGUAUUUAAACUUUUAGUCUUAGAUAAUAAUAAAUAAAUAUAUAAAUCAGCCACUUUGGGGGAAAUGCAGCAGCAUGAGAUCAUGUCAGGAGUAAAGAUGACAAUCCGAUAAAUGUAGAUGUCACUGUAUGUGAUUCUGCUUGAUGUAACAUCUGUGCUUCAUCUAACAUGUAAUUCUCAAGUUUCUCUUGUCUUUUAAAAUUAAAUUGCUUUUGAUUAAACUUUGUUUUAUAUUUUUA